AUGACUCUGGCUUUGGUCGUUUUGGCCUUUACCGAGUGCGAGGCGGUGACGUACUACACCGUCGGAGACGGCAGAGGAUGGACUACUCCGCCCAACAUCACCGCAGGUUUUUACGAUGAUUCGGCCGCCAAUAAAUCCAUCGAGGCCGGCAAUGUUCUCCGUUUCGAAUUUAAUGGAACACAUAGUUUUGCUGCCGUAUCGAAAAAAGAAUACGACAAUUGUGCCAAGGUUUCUCCGAUUUAUAAAGCGUCCACUGGCUGGAGCGGCGGAUACAAGCUCUCAAGAGGCGCCGGAAUGUACUUCUUUAUCUGCACCAUCGACUCCCACUGCGAGGCCGGCCAAAAGAUGGCCGUUAACGUUACUGCCACCACCUCCGCCAGCUUCGCGACGUGGUCGCCGCCGUCAACUCUCGGUGCCCUCUCAACGGCCGUCUGCGCUUUCACCUUGUUUCUGCGUGGUCACUAG